UGCAAAAAUUGUGGUUGCGUGUUCUACGAUCUACACAAAAUGGCCGUUGGUGACAAGACUAGAGAGAGAGAGGAGUUUCCCUAGAGAGAAACAGAGGAAGAUGUGAUCAUCCGCGGCGAGGGGAAGAGCGGCAAGGCGACGGCGACGGCGAGGCGGCAAUGAGCAGCACCACCGCCCAUAGCUACCCGGAGAGCGUCGGUUCCUGCUGGCCUCCGACACCACCGACUCCCCCUCCCACUCUCCCUUCCCCGGCGGCGGCGGCGGCGGCCCCCCGCAGCGCCCCCGUGAGGCGGCAGCUGGACUUCGCGGCCGCGGACGCGGACGCCGGCGCCGGCUUGGGCGACGACCUGGAGUACGGGGAAGACAUCAUCAGCGCCGUGGACGACAUUGAGCGGGGCUACGAGGCCAAGCGACGGGCCCCGCCGUGCGUCUGCCGGCGCGGCGAGUGUGCGGUGCGUCGGGACGAGCAGGGCCGGUGGACGUACGUCUGCUCGUCGCAGCCGAAGUGCAAGUAUGUUGCUCUAUGCGAAGAAGCUGGUCUUAGUCCUGAAUCACAGCCUGCUGUUAGGAGCCAUCCUAAACCAAGCAAUCCUUGUGUGUUCAACAUUCCAAGCAAUCAUGUGCCUGAACCUAGAACACCAGUUGAUAAUGUUAAUCCCCGAGGUGCUGGUGCUACUACUCCAAUUAAUGUCAGCCCCCAGGCUCCACUUAAUUCCACUUUCCAAGGUGCUGGUACUGCAACUCCAGUUCAUGUGCCUGUACCUAGAACGCCAGUUAAUAAUGUUAAUCUCAGAGGUGCUGGUGCUACAACUCCAGUUAAUGUCAACCCCCGGGCUCCACUUAAUUCCACUUUCCAAGGUGCAGGCUCUACAGCUGUGGUUAAAGUGAGCCCCCGAGGGGCUAGAUCCAAUGAUGAAUGGCCAACCUGCAAGUGUACAGCAGGGAAGUGCAAAGUAUUGAGAGUGAACAAAGAAGAAGCCUACUAUGUAUGUCCUAUACCCAAGGGAAAAGGUGCAUGCACUCAGAAGGUUCCAGUCCAUGUCCAUGCUGCUGCUAAUGACCUACUACAAACUGGAGAUGACAACACAAGAGGAGGGGAUAAGGAUUCGAAGGACGAGCCUGCUGAGAAGGAAGCUCAUGGGAACAACAACCUAGUUCGAGUGGGAGACAACAAUGCAAAUGCAUCGGUCAGUCAUGCUCAACCCGAAGACAGUGAGUGGCCAUUUGAUAUUGUCAAUAAUGACGUUGUGCCCACAGCUGAGGCAACACCCCGAGCUGCAGUUCAUCAGGGAUCACCAAGUAUGCUGCGCCAGCCGAUUGCCACGGUGGAAAAAACACCCACAAAAUCGCCCAUGCCACCUUACAGUACGCGCAGUCCCAUGACUCCAUGCUCAGAUAGCAUCUGCUUCGGAUGUGGUGAGAAGGGUCACUGGAUCAAGGAAUGUCCUAAGCCAUCUCAGAAAAAUUGUUUCCAUUGCGGCAUGACUGGUCACUGGAGGAGCAAUUGUCCCCAACUGCGAAGAUCUUAGAAGCAUAUGGUGAACUGAUGGCCUCAUUCUGCCUCUGGUUAAUCGGCUUGCGCAUGGUAGUGAAAUAUAUAUUAUAUGUAGUGAGUUAGGCUGGACAAACGGCUAAAAGACCCUCUCGUAGUUUUGGGCCUAGUAACUGCUUAGGGUUUAAGGUAUUAGUGUCUUAAUGUAGGUUGUAAUAAUUCGUGUCUUUUGUGUUUAUAUGCUGUAACCCGUAAGUAACUGCUUACUAGUUAAUAUCAGAAGGGUACCUUUCAAGAACGGGAUGAACUGAGGAUGUUGUAUCCUUGAAUCCUUUGCUGCUGUUCUUUGCUUUUCUCCA